AUGCAUAAGAAUCAUUAUGUUCCCUUAAGAGGCAAUGACAAUUUCAAUGCCUUAAUAGCAGACAGGGUGGCUCCUGACCAGACUGGGCAAGGCAAUGAAACCUUAAAUGCCUUAAUAGCAGACAGGGUGGCUCCUGACCAGACUGGGCAAGGCAAUGAAACCUUGAAUGCCUUUAUAGCAGACAGGGUAGCUCCUGACCAGACUGGGCAAGGCAAUGAAACCUUGAAUGCCUUUAUAGCGGACAGGGUGGCUCCUGACCAGACUGGGCAAGGCAAUGAAACCUUGAAUGCCUUUAUAUCAGACAGGGUGGCUCCUGACCAGACUGGGCAAGGCAAUGAAACCUUGAAUGCCUUUAUAUCAGACAGGGUGGCUCCUGACCAGACUGGGCAAGGCAAUGAAACCUUGAAUGCCUUAAUAGCAGACAGGGUGGCUCCUGACCAGACUGGGCAAGGCAAUGAAACCUUGAAUGCCUUAAUAGCAGACAUGGUGGCUCCUGACCAGACUGGGCAAGGCAAUGAAACCAUGAAUGCCUUAAUAGCAGACAGCGUGGCUCUUUACCAGACUGGGCAAGGCAAUGAAACCUUGAAUGCCUUAAUAGCAGACAGGGUGGCUCCUGACCAGACUGUGCUUAUGCUGAACUGCAUAUGGCAUAAUACCCAUUUUUGCAGGGCAAAGCUUAUUAACCCAUUUAUGCUUAGCAUCUAGAAAAAAGGCCUUGGCAAACAGCGUAGACCAAGAUGAGACGCCGCAUGAUGCGGCGUCUCAUCAGGGUCUGCGCUGUUUGCUUCAAGGAAUUUCUGUAAGAAAUAUUCUAAAUAUAGAAAUAAAUAUACUAGACAUCCCUAAUUUUGGAAAUAAAUUGAUCCAAUUUAGAAGGAGGGGAGAGUCCACUAGGCAUAAAUGGGAUAAAUACUGUUUUUUUUUAUUAUUAUUUUAUUACAACCUUGUUUUAAUGUUAUAGAUAAUACAGCAAAACUGUGGUCUUUAUAUUAUUAUAUUAGUACUGUGUAAAACAAAUUUAUUACUUGUGCUUUCAAUAGAUUAUUUUAAGAAAAAAUAUAUAUCAUGUUCAAGAGAUGAGUUUUCAUACAGAUUAUACUAAUAGGUAAAAAUAAAUAAAAAUGGAGAAUA